AGUGUCAGAGCAGUGCCUAGAGAGACACCGAGACCGAGAGAAAGAGAAAGAAGACUGGAACGAGCGUUAGGAAUUGUCAUGGGCUCCCCAAAUGGGAGGCGAACCGAGUUCGUGGAAGGAAGAGCAACCGUGAAACUGGGGGAAACACAACAAGCCAAACAGACCGGACUCUGGUGACCGAGACCCUGCUACUAUAUUUUCUUCAUCAUCAUCCCAUCCUUGUGAUCCAGACACAUCCUGCAUUUGACAUUGGGAGGAUUUGCCUUCCUAACCCAGGAAGAUGCCAAUUCUCAAGCAGCUAGUGUCCAGCUCAGCCCACUCAAAGCGCCGUUCCCGAGUGGACCUCACGGCAGAGAUGAUCAGCGCUCCCCUAGGUGACUUUCGCCACACUAUGCAUGUGGGACGGGCUGGGGAUGCCUUUGGGGAUACCUCCUUCCUCAACAGUAAAGCCGGGGAGGCAGAUCCUGAGUCCCUUGAAGAACAGGCAAGUGCCACUUCCUCAUCUAAACCCAGCCUCCUAUCUCGAAAGUUUCGGGGCAGCAAGAGGUCUCAAUCAGUGACAAGGGGAGACCGACGGGACAUGCUUGGCUCUCUGCGGGACUCUGCUCUUUUUGUGAAGAAUGCGGUGUCCCUGCCACAGCUCAACGAGAAGGAGGCAGCAGAAAAGGGGUCUGGCAAGCUGCCUAAGAGCCUUUCGUCCAGUCCUGUGAAGAAGGCAGCCACUGGAGGAGCAGAAGAGGUGGAGGAGGAGGAAGGAGGAGCUGGCGAGAAGACACAUCGUCUGAAUGGAUCUGGGGGUGCCCACUCACCUGACUCUAUCCUUGAUGAGCGGGCCUUUGGGGACAUCACAGACCUGCCUCACGUACCCAAGGCUGGUUAUGGGUUGAAGCAUGCAGAAUCAAUUAUGUCUUUCCAUAUUGACCUGGGGCCCUCCAUGCUGGGGGAUGUCCUUAGCAUCAUGGAUAAGGACGAAUGGGACCCAGAGGAAGAGGACAGUUGCCAUGGUGAUGAGGGCCCAAGCCACAGCAUCCAGCCCCCUCUUUCUGCUGCUGUUCCUCUGCCACAGCCGGAAGGGAAGCCUGGUCCAGACUCACCACUGCUACCUCCCUGCACUAUGGAGGAUGAGGGCUGGGCAGCAGCAGCUCCCAGCCCGGCCUCUGCCCGAAGUGUGGGCAGUCAUACCACAAGAGACAGCAGUUCCAUCUCCAGCUGUACCUCUGGAAUCCUAGAGGAACGAAGCCCUGCGCUCCAUGGGCUAGAGAGGGCUCGGGUCCCUCUUGCCCGACAGCCCAACAAAGAGUUCUCCUUUAUGGACGAGGAAGAGGAUGAGAUCCGUGUGUGAAGGGGGAUGGGGGAAUUGUUGAGUGGCUCUGCACAACUGACUUAUUUUUGUUCCCACUCCCUGUGACUUUCCACCUUACUAUGGGACUCCCAGAGUCCAGGUAGAAUAGCCCUCUGAAGGGACCUUGGCAGGAAGUCUUAGUUGCA